AUGAAACAUAUACUUGAUAAAAAUGAUAUUACUUUAAAUGCAAAAUUAAAAACUUCUUAUUACGAGUGGGCUGUCGGAGUUAGUCGGUUCUUCCUGAAACUGAUAUGUCUUUGGCCAGAAGACACUCACGGUACCAGGAGAUUCAUGGAAAACCUGUUUAUAAAUACGCUCGUGGUGUUGUUCACUUGUUGCGCGACGAUUCCUAGCAUCAUGUUCGUGUACAUACAGGAAGAGUUCAUGGCAACCGUAGAUAAUUUCGUGUAUCCUUUUACACUGUCCACUAUAACGUGGAAAGUGUUCAUUUUUCAUAGAAAUCGGGAUGCGUUCCUGCCGAUUUUAAAUAUGAUGGCGGAGGAUUGGGCAAAACCUAGAACAGACGAGGAAACGAGCGUGAUGUUUCAUUACGCGAACAUCGAUCGAAUAGUUAACAUGUGCGGUUUCGCAGUCGUGUCUUUUUCAGUGCUGUGUGAAGACCUUUUGCCAAUUCUUGGUGUACGCUUUCGUUACGCGUCACCUCCGAUCGACGUAUUCCCGCUUCCCUCUUACUACGCAUGCGAUGUUUACCACAGUCCUUAUUUCGAAAUAAUAUACGUUGGUCAAGUUAUCCUGCUGUGGUUCCUAUUGUUGGGUUACUGCAGUGUCGAUAUGGGUUUUGGAAUGGUAGUCUUUCAUAUUUGCGGUCAAGUGAAGAAUUUCCGAAUUCGAAUCGCCAGGGAAAAGGAAUUCGAGAAUUUCAAGCAUACAUUGACGGCCAUAGUAACGGAUCACGUACGGCUUAGCAGGUAUUUCGUGUAG